UCCGCACAUGCUGCCGAGGCGUAUAACUGGACAGAGGUACCGAUUACAGCAGCCUCUGCCUCCCCCGCCCCCUCUGCCGCCCUACUACCCCGGCUUCUUACCAUACUUCCUCUCGAUGCUUCCUGUGCCUCCAACUGCUGUGGGUCCUGCUAUCAGUCUGGACUUGGAUGUAGAUGAUGUGGAGAUGGAGAACUAUGAGGCGUUAUUAAACCUUGCUGAGAGACUAGGAGAAGCGAAACCUCGAGGACUAACGAAAGCUGAUAUAGAGCAACUUCCGUCCUAUAGGUUCAAUUUAGAAAACCACCAAUCUGAGCAAACUCUGUGUGUUGUAUGCUUUAGUGAUUUUGAGUCAAGGCAGCUACUUCGAGUAUUACCCUGCAACCACGAAUUUCAUGCAAAAUGUGUGGAUAAAUGGUUGAAGGUAAGUGAUGUUUUAAUGCACAAAAUCUGCAAUAACUAA